UCCGGGCACCGAGUGUCCCUGGUAGGACCUGCUGCUGCCCGGGAAGGGCGGCGGCCGUCUGAUUACUCAACUCUCGACGUACUAGUGGGUCCUCCCAGUCCCCUCCCCUCAGCGGGUAAACAAACACCAGCGCGUGACUUGACAGGCUUGAAAACAAGCUUCAGCCGCUUAGAAAAGUUGCUUCUUUCGCUUCUCUUUCCGUAAACUUCUUUUCCGACUUCACGUUUUGGCGCACCCCCCCCCCCCACUCGCCCUGCGUGUUUGGGGGGCGGGAGGUGAAUUUAAGAUAAAACCAUUGAAAUGCUGUUUGUGGGGACAAACAUACAUCACUUUUUGCAAUAAUUUUGCAAAACAGUACUUAAUUAGGCUUAAAAUGUCAAACUAUACUGAAAGGUAUACAGCGAGAAGUUAAUAUUUCCCUUCCACCUUGCCGUACUCCUUCCACUGGAAAGUUUCUUGGGCAUUUUCUCAGAUGCCUUUUAUAUGUUUUACUGACUGUGUGUACAAACAACUGGGCGCAACUCUGUGCUGCCUGUUUUAUUCACAUUAACAUCUCCGUCGGCACGGCAAGGUCUGCCUGGCUCGUCUUCCCUCUGUGCGGCCUGAUCGCCUAAGAAGUGUCCCCAUUUCAGAGACGAGGGUCCUUGGGGCUCAGCUCUGCGACUUGGCCCUGCUGCGUGAGCUCAGGAGUUCGGAGCUGCGCCUUCCCGGCGGGCGGGGCGGCAUUUCCUGCCCGGCGCUGACUCGCCGGCAACGCGCGCGCGGCUUUUAGACGCUGGGAGGACGCGGCGCGGCGGUGUAGGCGUUGAACUGCUGGGUCUUUUCUCAACUCCGCGAGGCGGCGGCUGGCGGCGCGAUGGACCUGGCCGGACUCCUGCUGGACGAAGAAGGCACCUUCUCUCUCUCUGGCUUUCAAGACUUCACGUUCCUCCCAGGACACCAGAAGCUGAAUGCUCGGAUCCGAAGGAGACUGUACUAUGGCUGGGACUGGGAGGCGGACUGCAGCCUGGAGGAGCUCUCUAGCCCCGUGGCAGACAUUGCAGUAGAACUGCUCCAGAAAGCAGCCCCCAGUCCUAUUCGUCGACUCCAGAAGAAAUAUGUAGCUCAUGUGUCACGGGAGGCAUGCAUUUCCCCGUGUGCCAUGAUGCUAGCUCUCGUGUACAUUGAGCGACUGCGGCACCGAAACCCGGACUACCUGCAGCAUGUGUCAUCCUCAGACUUGUUCUUGAUCUCCAUGAUGGUGGCCAGUAAGUACCUCUAUGACGAAGGGGAGGAGGAGGAGGUUUUCAAUGAUGAAUGGGGAGCUGCUGGAGGUGUGGCUGUGCCCACUCUCAAUGCCUUGGAGAGGAGCUUUCUGCGUGCCAUGGACUGGAGUCUGUACACUGACCCUCGGGAGAUCUUUGAGGUGCUGAGCUGGCUGGAGAGUUGUGUGGCUGAGCAGCAGGGUCGACGGCGGGGCUGGUACACCUACACAGACUUGUGUGUGCUGCUGGAGCAACCGACCUGGCAGCUGGCCCUGGGCUCCCUCUGUCAGAGGCUGGUUAAGUUGUCCUGCCUGUUAGCCAUGGCAUACGUGAGCAGUGUGGCCCUGGCUGUGGCAUCGGUGGCUGUAAUACACCAGUCCUUGGGGCUGUCUUGCAGUCCCCCACCUGGCCCUCCCGACCUUGGACUGACCUCCAAGGGCCUCUUGGAGCCUUGUAUACCAACUCCUGUGCCACAGUGCCUGCCAUCUUCUGUUAACAUCUCCACCUGCAUGGAAGGCGACGCAGGGCUGCGUUCACUCUGGGGCAGUCUUUUGGCCUCACUGACCCCCCUGCCCCUGCCUCCCCCAGACCCCCCUGCCCCUCCCACGCUUCUCCAUAAUUGCCCCCUUUGCCAGAAGGUCCAGAGAGACUCCCCAACCUGCCGUGCGUGCCACCACCCCAACCGUUCGGUGCCCACUGGGCCUCCCAACUCCUGGUACCACACGCAUGGCCUGGCUCCACCUUGGCCCUGGAGCCCAGUGACCCCUCCGCUCCCCCAUCCCCAGCAGUGUUCUCUUUUCAGUGUCAUGGAGCUGGCUCGUCUGAAGUCUUUCAUUUUCCCAGGCUAGGUAGAGCUCUGAGAGUGCAUUAAGAGGAUUUGGGAGUCCCUGAGAACCUGGAAGAGGAAAGUUUGACUUAGAUCCUCACUACCUCUCUGGGUCCUUGGCUGGUCCCGGUCCUCCUGAGUAAGAGUUUAGGGGAUUGUGGGGCAGAAAGGCUAAAGGUUGUUCACUCUCCUGGACCUCAAUGACUGGUUGGCCAGGGCAGUGAUGGUGUCAAGGAAAACUUCAGCUUGGUGACCAGGGGCAUGUCACAAAUGGCAGAAGAGAAACCGCAUCUCUGGUUCCCCAGGGCUCUUCUAGGCUUUUGCUUUUGAGUUUCCUUGGGUGGAAAGGUAAAUGUUGGGAGAUGGGGGAACUGGGGCGAGGGGAGAAAGGAAAUGACAUGGGCCUGUGUGAUGUCCCAGAGAGAAGAGCCGGGACUGAUGGGACCAAGGUGAAAGCUGCUUAGGGAAAUCUGGGUGAGUCAGGAAAGCCUUUCUACACCCAUAGACUGCUGGGACCUUGACCUUCUAUCUCCAACCUCUUAGUACCCUCCUCUGCAGCUCCUCUCUUCUGAUUUCUCUCCAGGUGUUCUCUUCACAGGCCUUUCUAGCCAUUGCUUUGUAUCUGGGUUUUUCAUGCUUUUAUAGAACUGAGAUUUCAAAUAAACAGUUUCAGUUGCA